AUGUUCGGCGAGAUCUACCGCGACUAUUUUGAGUCUACCGGUGUAUAUUAUCUGGAUCUCUGGCUCAUGACUGGACUCUUCAUGUGCAUCCACUCUCCGACGACUGCCAUCUCUGUAACGCAGACCAAUACUCUAAUCACCGCUCGAAAAGUUGACCUUUUGCCGCGCUUUUUCAAGCCAAUUGCAGGAGGCCCCUACCUUUUUGAUAUGCCCGAAGAGUCAUGGAGACCGUGGCGCGCUGUAUUCAAUAAGGCGUUUAAUAAUGAACAUUUCCAGAAGCUGGUCCCGGGGAUGGUCAAGCAGAUCGAAGUUUAUAAGGAUAUUUCAAGGAACACUGAAUCUCAUGCUCAACGCGGGUACAAUGUUCUUGCAGACUCUAUGAUCAGCCAAAUUCGCUGGCAUGAGCCUGCUGCUGCUAUCAACCCUUCAGCCGCAUAA